GAGAUGUUUACAAGCGGUGCAAUCUCAAUAAACCGAAAAGUCUCUGCUUCUGUUCUCUCCUUAGGCCUUGGAGGAGGAUAUUUGAACUCUUAUCUCCAUCAUAAUUAUCGUAACUUGAAUAUAACGGUCGUCGAAUAUGACCCACAGAUGCUGAACAUAUCACAGAAGUGGUGUGGUUUGAGGUUGGAUGAGAUGCACAGGGUGGUUGUUGAAGAUGGUACAGAAUUUGUGAAAAAUUGCGCUGAUAGAGGUGAAAAAUACGAUGUAAUUUUCUUGGAUGCAUGCCACUUAGACCAUUCGUCUAUGUUCAUUUGUCCGGCUCAAAAGUUUGUCGCUGCUUAUAUAGCAAUUGACUUCGCCAGUAUACUGAAAUCAAACGCCUUUAUACUUCUUGUCAUUGAAGGAGUGCUCAUCAUAAACGUUCUGGGAAGCCGACAACAAACUUUUAGUGAAGCCCCCAAAGAGCUGCUACGCAUAUACAACGAAGCAUUCAAGCACUGCAUUUUCAAGAAAUCACAUAGCCCUUCCAAUCUGGUGAUGACAUGCGCACAAUAUCCUAUAGAGAAAAACUUACGGGAAAUGUACGAAGGAUUUGCUAACUAUUCUUAUUAUGGAGGACACGUCAGCGAGGAAUGGUUCCUGCCAGGGUACUCGUACUAA